AUGAUUCUGGGAACUUCCGAAACCUCGCGUCAGAUCUGGAGACGCAGCGGAAUUGCGGCUUGUGCGCAGUUGAACAUUGCACGCUGCACGGAGCAGAUUGACAGCUGUCGAAAAGAAUCAAGUCAGUGUUACAUCAUAUUCUCUGUUCCUCUUCCCUUUUUAGUGCUUAUUUCACUUAUCCGAGUCGGACAAGCUCAAGCAGUGUUUAAACCAGUUCUGUCUGUGGAGCCGAAUUCACCACAAAUAUUCAGAGGAGAGACGGUUACACUCACAUGUAGGACUUCAGGAGGAAGUGGACCGUACUACUGGAACAAAGAUGAUGAUAAUGUUCACAGAUCUGCUGAAAAUUACUACACUAUAAAUGUAGAUCAGAGUCACAAAUACAGAUGUUACGGGUCUGUUGAUGGACGGACAACAACAUGGAGUAAUGAAGUGACUCUCUCAGUGAUAGAGAGACCAAAAGCCGUUCUGACUCUGCAGCCUGAUGGACCGAUAUUCGGUGGACAGGAAGUCACUUUCACAUGUGAAAUACGAGGACAUGCAGAGACUGAGUGGAUGUACAACUGGUAUAAAGAUGGUGUCCAAAUAUUCUCCUACACUAAGAGUAGGCAAUAUUCAUUCCGUCCUGUAGAGUCUCUCAGCGCUAAAUACACCUGCAGUGGACGGAGAAGAAACGACUCUCAGACCUCAGAGACCAGCAACACUGUUACACUCACUGUGUCAGGAUCUGUAGAAGACGCUGGAUUUUUUGGUGCAAGUGGUUAUAACUUGUCCAAAACAUUUUUCAGAGUUCCAUGUGAAAUAUUUUAUUAUCUUUGUACAGCGCUCCCAAAACCUGUGGUGUCCAUAAAUCCUGAUGAACAGGUGUACAGAGGAGAGACUGUCACUCUCAGAUGUGACAUACAGGAUGAAGAGGACUCUGACUGGAUCUACAGCUGGAAUAAAGAUGGUUCUGGUGUCAGUAGUGAACAGGAGUACAGAAUCAGUAGUGCUGAAACAUCUCAUGCAGGUAAAUACACCUGUAGAGGAAGAGAGAGAGGAGGCUCACACUCCUCACACACCAGUGAUGCUGUUACACUGACUGUAUCAGAAAAACCUAAACCUGAACUCACAUCAAGUCGUGAAGGAGCUGUACUGAAAGGAAACUACGUGACUCUGUCCUGUACACUGAAGCUGCAGUCUGCUGGAUGGAAGUUUUACUGGAUCAAACCCACACAGAGCACUGAGACUGAGACUGAAGCUAAAACAGACUACUACACUAAAACAUACAGUGCAGUUAGAGUCUCUGAUGGAGGUCAGUACAGGUGCAGAGCUGGAAGAGGAAACCCAGUCUACUACACACACUACAGUGAUGCACUCUGGGUAAACGUUACUGAGAGUCCUAAAGCUGUGGUGACCAUAAAGCCUGAUAAACAUGUGUUCAGUGGAGAGACUGUGACUCUCAGAUGUGAAAUGCAGGGAGGAGGAGACACUGAGUGGAAAUACAGCUGGUAUAAGAAAGAUAAAACAUUCUACCGCACAACACAGGAGUUCAGCUUCAGCUCAGUUAGAAAUGAUGACAGUGGUGAAUACACCUGCAGAGGGAGGAGAAGCAGUGACUCUCAGAGAUCAGAGAUCAGUGAUGCUGUUACACUCACUGUAUCAGAUGCAGCAGAGGCAGUAGUGAGUGUGUCUCCACUGCGCUGGCUGACUGAAGGAGACUCAGUGACUCUAAGCUGUGAGGUUAAACACUCCUCUACAGGCUGGACAUUCAGCUGGUACACAGAGGUUCCCUCCAGAGACAGACAGGGUUCCCUCAGGUACAGUACAGCGCUCCUCUCAGACAGCAGCAGAGGAUCUGGAGGCUCCUACACUCUCAGUCCUGUUACUGUGAAGCACACAGGAAUUUAUAUGUGCAGAGCAGAGAGAGGAGAACCAGUCUUUCACACACGGUUCAGCAACCUACAGCCACUGUGGAUCACUGGUGAAUCUCCUCCAGUGACUCUGAUCAUCAAUCCCAGCAGAACUCAACACUUUACUGCUGACUCUCUCUCACUGAGCUGUGAGGACCAGAGUGACUCUACUGGAUGGACAGUGAGAGGAUACACACACAGUGAGACAGUGUUUGAUUGUCCUUCAGUUUCAGGAUCUACAUGUAACAUCAGCUUCCUCUCUACAUCAAACACUGGAGUUUACUGGUGUCAGUCUGAAUCUGGAGGACGCAGUAAUCCUGUCAACAUCACAGUGCACAAUGGUGAUGUGAUCCUGGACAGUCCUGUCCAUCCUGUGACUGAGGGACAUCCUCUGACUUUACAUUGUUUAUCUCGCAACUCAAAUAUCUCAGAUUCUGGUGUUGAUUUCUAUAAAGAUGGUUCCGUCCUGCAGAAGAAGACUACAGGAGAGAUGACCAUCAGUACUGUGUCAAAGUCAGAUGAAGGUUUCUACCACUGUAAACACCCAGAGAGAGGAGAGUCACCGAAAAGCUGGGUUUCAGUCAAAGACUCAGGGUCUGGAUCCAGUAUUGAUAUAGUAUUUGUGGCUGUGGGACUGAGUUUGGCCUUGCUGUUCAUCAUCCUUUUACUGAUCCUGCUUUGGUGGCACAAAUCCUACAAAGGAAAGGACAGAGACAUACAGCAGAACAGCAAUCAGACACCAGGCCAGAACCAGAGUCAGUCAGGAGCUGAGGAUUCUCAAUCAGCAUACACACCACUUCAGACCGGAAGUGUACACAUUUAUGCCACUGUGGAGAAUGCAAGUAAAAGUGACGCUGCAGCUGAACCCAGUGGGGCCAUUUACACAAAGGUCAUGAAGAAAAAGGAGCCACACAACAAUAAAAAUGAUGAUGCUGGACCCAGUGACGUGAUUUACACUGAGCUUGAACUCAAGCCACAGAAAAAAACAAAGAAAAAUCAAGUGAAGGCCAGUGUAGAGUAUGAAACUGUUUACUCACAGCUGAAGCAGAACACAUAGGUGCUGGAGGAGUGAGUACAAAGCUGAGAGAGAAGAAAGAGAGAAGUUCAUCAUGUGUGCAUUGACAGUAAAAUCGGCAUGAGAUUGGCUUGUACAGGUUCUUUGCACUUUUUUGGCUUAAAAUGUGUGUGUGCGCGCGUGCAGGGGGGGUUAAGAAUCUGUGUAUUAGCAGGGUGUAUUUUAUUGAUUACUUGCUCCACUAUUAGGACUGGUUGUAAAGCAAAAGGAUUUAGUAGUAAUAGUAAGAGUAAUAAGUCAAUGUGACUGAACUUUUAUUCUUGAAAAUGUAUUUUUCACUCAUGUGAGGGGCUUCAUCAUGUCAUCUGUGUGCAGUUCACACCUACAGAACUGAAAGUCCUUAAGAUCACAUACAGAGAUGCACUGAUGUAUUUUCCACCACACGGUACAACCACAAUCUCCAGACUACAGUUAAAAAGAUCAUGCAUCAUUUUAUCAUAUUACUUUAUGGUUUCAUUUUAUUAAGUAUUAUUAAGCAAUACUUUAAAUAAAUGCAUGCAGAUUUCACAAACCACAACAAGAUGAAUAUCAUAACAUUUCCUGUAGAUGGAACAUUUAUGCAUUUAACUGCCAAAUUCUACAUUGCAGAGCAAAAGAAAAACUAUCUAAACAUUAAAUUGUAAAUUCAAGCUUGUAGUGCAGAAAUGUGAGCUUGCUGAUGUUUUCUACUUAAUCAACACAGAUUGUGAAAAGUACAGAGAUGGUUAGAUUGAAGGUAUCCAAAAUUACUUCCACAUAAGAAACAAAUGCCAAACAUGUAUGUCUUUGGUUGCUGAAUAGUAAAAAGGCCUAAACUCCACCAAAUGUAAUAAUGCACUGUAACAAGCCCAUUCAGUAAUUAAUUCUUAUGCAUCAUUACUGUUGUACUAUACAAGAAUAAUAACUACAAGUAUUGCGGUAUAAAUAAUCAACUGUUUCUCAUUAAUAUUUUUAAGUCUAGCAAUACUGUACAUCUGCAGCAAACAGAUUACAAACAGAGGUCUAUUUGUUAAAAAUGUGGCCGAAGCUAAACGGAGAGCAUGAAAAAUUUCAUCAGGAAAUAUUUUAUCAAUCCUGGAUCACACAGACUGGCAACAAAGUCUACUGUAAGAUUCAAGUACACAUUCAAAAACAAACAAAAUGCUUUCAUGUAUUUUCUGUAUAAAUGGGGCCAUUUUAUUACUUUUAUACUCAUCUUGCAACAGUGCCGUCUUCUGGCUAGAAUUCAUGUCAUAAAAAUCUCUGUGUUUGUAAAUGUACAUUUUGAAAUUUAUGUUUUAAAUUUGUUGUAUUUUGUGGAUA